CCGUUGGCAGCAGCGGCAGCGCGAGCCCGGAAGCGGACGGGGGCGGUGGCGGAGGCGCCUCGGGCCGGCCGGGGUUGCAGCUCCGUCCUCCCCACUCGUGGCUCCCCGCGGCCCGUGGCGUGGACAAAGACAUGCAGUCCUCGCCCCCAGACCCGCUGGGCGACUGCCUGCGCAACUGGGAGGAUCUGCAGCAGGACUUCCAAGGUAUCCAGGAAACACACCGCCUGUACCGCCUAAAGCUAGAGGAGCUGACCAAACUCCAGGACAACUGUACCAAUUCCAUCACACGCCAGAAGAAACGGCUCCAGGAGCUGGCCUUGGUGCUGAAAAAAUGCAGACCCUCUCUCCCACUCGAGUCCACGGAGGCCGCGCAGGAGCUGGAAAGCCAGAUGAAGGAGCGCCAAGGCCUCUUUUUUGACAUGGAAGCCUAUUUGCCUAAGAAGAAUGGGUUGUACCUGAGUCUGGUUCUGGGGAAUGUCAACGUGACACUACUGAGCAAGCAGGCUAAGUUUGCUUACAAAGACGAGUAUGAGAAAUUCAAGCUCUACCUCACCAUCAUCCUCAUUGUCAUCUCCUUCAGCUGCCGCUUCCUGCUCAACUCUAGGGUGACGGACGCCGCCUUCAACUUCCUGCUGGUCUGGUAUUACUGCACCCUGACCAUCCGAGAGAGCAUCCUCAUCAAUAAUGGUUCCAGGAUCAAAGGCUGGUGGGUGUUCCAUCAUUAUGUGUCUACGUUCCUUUCGGGAGUCAUGCUGACCUGGCCAGAUGGUCUCAUGUACCAGAAAUUCCGGAACCAGUUUCUAUCUUUCUCCAUGUAUCAGAGCUUUGUGCAGUUUCUGCAGUAUUACUAUCAGAGCGGGUGCCUGUACCGCCUGCGCGCCCUGGGCGAGCGGCACACCAUGGAUCUCACCGUAGAGGGCUUCCAGUCUUGGAUGUGGAGAGGCCUCACCUUCCUGCUUCCUUUCCUCUUCUUUGGACAUUUCUGGCAGCUUUUUAACGCGCUGACACUGUUUAACUUGGCCCGGGAUCCUGAGUGCAAGGAGUGGCAGGUGCUCAUGUGUGGCUUCCCCUUCCUUCUUCUCUUCCUCGGCAACUUUUUCACGACCCUCCGAGUGGUACACCAGAAGUUCCACAGCCAGCAGCACGGGAGCAAGAAGGAUUAGAGUAGACCCGAUGGCCAGCCCCAAAGGGGCUUCUGACCUGUGUGCCGGGGGGGGCAGCAGGUUGGGGCACCCCUGUGUGGAUGGGGGGGUUCCCUUCUGUGCCCCCUGGGCUUCGUGGGCUCUGUGGGCCCUGAGGAAGGCCUGGGCCUGGAGCCCAGCUUGCAGUAUUUGGGUUCUGGGCCUCAAUAAAGGAAGAGAGGCAUGGA